ACCGAGCGUUCUCCUCUCGGCCAGGCCAGUAUCAAGCCGGGAGCCGUCGAGAGGGUUGAUCCACCUCUGGAAACGGUGCUCAUGCUACGCUCCAACGACGUAUCCGACCAAACUUAACGGACGCAAGACACCCCAGACGUGGAAACGUCCCUAUCGUGCGCGGGUGCUCGUGGCGGCCGCUGAUCGACGCUCGGGGUGCCAGUGGCUGCCUAGUGGAACACUCGCUGGGGUUGGAUGGAAAAAAUGGGGCGUACGCCGUGCCACGAGAGCCGGAUCGAUCGCGAAAUAAACGUACGCUGGAUGGACGAAGCGGAGUAACCUCUUUCCAGUCGAAGCCAGCGUAAUAAACGUUCCGUCGUGCAGAGGACCGUUCCGGGCUCGUGUCCGCGACGGUACACGCGCCAUAGUGCGCCGACGUUCGUCCGUUUCGACGUAAACGUCGUGUUCGUCGCGACGGUGGUGGUGGCUGACCCCAACCAGGACAGCGGAGUCCGUUUUUGGUCGACGUAGCAGAGAUAUUAGCGUGCGCGUGAAACCGGAGCGUCGUGGUCCGACGUUAAAACGACACCAGAGGGUUAGGGUUGCGACGCGAGUCGAUCGCGUAGGGUGCGUAGUGAAAGUGCUCGUGUCACCGUGUAUCAGGAGGUCGAGGUCGUGCCACGUACAUCGGCGUAGAUAAACGCGAAUUUAUGAAUCCGUGGCUCGGAUCGAGGUCGGACGGUGGUCUCCUCUCAACGGGAAUUCGCGUGACCCUGAGGCCAUCGAGCUAACUAAUUGGCGACUCUCGCGAGAUCGCGGGUGGCGUGAAAGAAGCGGGUGACACGCCAGGAAUCGAGGAAGUGCGGUCGAGGGACACUCGAGGAGACGACGACGUGGAGAGGAUAGACGAGGAAAAGUGUGUCACCGUCGAGGUGCCUUAGGUUAGGUCGCAGCUAGGCUCCGUCGACGCUGGUAAAAUAACAAACCUCCUAGGAAACUGGGCGCGUUAAUUAUCAUCCGGUUGAGAUCGUCUCACCUCCCAUCUCUCCUCGGUUAAGUGACACUUUCGCGAAGGGACGCGGGAUGAUCGAGACGGGCGAGACUUCUCGUUCGGCGAUGGCCUCGAAUUGAUUGGCGUCCGCGUCGAGCUCGAUGACGGUGAAAUUUGUUCAUUGAUGUUUGUCCGGGGAAAACGCCAACGGGUAGUGGGCACGGUAAAUGGAUUAAGAGACUCGCACUCGACCGGGGUUUACGAAGCGUUCCUGUGCACCGAAUAUGAUCUCGAUGAGAAAAUUCCGGCUCCACGUCGAUCCAGCUGAUCAAAGUCCCGCAAACAAGGUUUCGUUGAUCUGAUUACCGGAAAGUGAGUUCAUCAACCGCAAUCCCAGUGCCGAUUCACGAGUGGCCAGGAGAAGAUCCGUCAGAAGCAAAUUGUGCGUAACGUGAUUUGUGAAGUGAUUGCCAUUCGUAAGGAGUAAGGUAUUCGGUUGAAACGCAGCCGGAUUUAAGCGUAACUCAUAUAUAUAUAUAUAUGCGCGUUAGGGUGAGUGGAUGGCGAAGACGUGCGGUCACAGCGUGUCACGUGUCGUCAGGGGUACGUUCAAGAAGGCGACAAGAGCCAGCGUCCCUCGAUUGGCGAACUAAAGGACUCGAAAACAUAUCUAGAUCACUAGCCACUCUGUCUCUCUAAAAAGCAUAUCGAUCCUACGUAGAACUACUUCGAAUCUCGGAAUUCUCAUUCUACAAGAAUUCUUCGUAUCUAUAUAUAUCCUCGAGUAUAUACUCGACUAUCUUUAACGAUAUUCUUAGGUGUACGUCAAGGGAAAGAAGACCCGCUAAACGUACAGCUUGCCCGCGAUUCCGGCACGGACGUGUGCAUAGUCACUCUCUCUUUCCGUAUCUGUCGUCUACGCACGCAGCCAGGACCGCGCGUGCGUGCUCACGUGCGAAUUCAGCCGGCACAACGUGGCUAGAUAAAGAGUACACACCUGACCGUGCUAGAUCGCGCAAACGACGACGGGUGCACCUAAUCGACCCUACCGGACCUGGUCGGAUGCGACCAAGCGAUCACUAAGGUGGCCAAAUCGGUGUGAUGUGACGAACGAGAGGACCUGCGAGUUACCGUAGAAGCGAAGCGUCGUUGGUCCAACGUGAAACUCUCGUGUCGUCGAGCAAUCAGAUGCUCGACAUCUAGCAGAGACUCUCGACAACCUGAACAACAUGCAUUCAUCGCUAGUAACCAGCGGCAUGGGGGUGUUGCUGCCGUUUCUGGUAGUGUUGCUCGGCCAGGUGGCCCUUUCGUUCGUGUUGGAGGGUUCCGCGACCAGCUACGCACAGUUCCGAAAAUGGAACGCCGGUUUGAACGGCACCCUGGAGUUCGAGUUCAAGACGGAACAGGGAAACGGUCUGCUGCUGUACACGGACGACGGUGGCACUUACGACUUCUUCGAAGUGAAGCUCGUCGAGAGCGCGCUCAGGCUGAGAUACAAUCUGGGAGGAGGCGCGCAGAUCGUCACCGUCGGUCACGAUCUCGGCGACGGUCACUGGCACAAAGUGCAGAUCACCAGGUGCAACGAGAACACCACGUUGACGGUAGACGGCGUCAGCGCCGUCUCGACGUCACGCGGAAAGGAGUUCGAGUUCGGGAAGCUGGCUGGGAAUUCCGAUGUCUACGUGGGCGGUAUGCCUAGCUGGUACAACAGCAAGCUGACGCUGCUGGCGUUGCCUAGCGUGAUCUUCGAGCCGAGGUUCAACGGAUUCAUCAGGAACCUCGUGUACGCCGACGGGGAGCACACGGUGCCCAGGAGGCAGGAGAUGAAGAGCCGUGACGCCAAGUGCGGUGGAUUUCCAUGCGUCGAGAAUGUCAAACGCAAAGCGCCUAGGAGUUUACGCAACAUGAUGACAGCCAAUACAACGGACGCCUGCGAAACCCGUGAUCCCUGCCAGCACGGCGGAAUCUGCAUUUCCACCGAUAGUGGACCCAUCUGCGAGUGCAGGUCUGGCGAUUAUGAGGGCGCCUAUUGUGAGAAAGAAGCAUGGAGCACGGUGCUGCCUACGGCGGGUGCUGGUGAUUACUGGGCGUGGGAAUACAAUAAAGCACCUUCCGAGGCUUCUUUCAGAGGAACGGAGUACCUCACGAUAGAUUUGAGCAAGGGGAAUCCAGUUCUCAGCACCCACGAAUCCAUCAUUUUGCAAUUCAAAACGAGACAGCAUAGCGGACUUCUGUUUUACUCCGGAGACAGAGAUGAUUAUCUGACUGUGUCUCUGAAGGACGGCGGUGCCGCUGUGGGGAUGACGUUGGCCAAAGGAAGAUUAGAUCUUCAUAUAAAGCCAACCAGAGUACGGUUCGACGAUAAUCAGUGGCACAAGAUCAUCGUGCACAGGAAGGUCCAGGAGAUCUCUUCCAUCACCAGCUUCUGCAGUCUCUCCGCCAUCGUCGAUGGGAUUUACGCGGAGCACGGACACACUGCGGGCUCGUUCACACAUUUUGCGAGCGAUCGACUGCUGGUGGGCGGAGGCGCCGACGCCAGGUCCCUGCAGGGCGCCAAAGGGAUCAACAACUUCGUUGGAUGCCUCAGAAAGGUCGAAUUCAUUACGGAGAAGGUGAAAAUGGAGUUGAUCGAGGCGGCCAUAAGCGGAGCCGCGGGCGCUGCCGCUUGGGGCAAAAUAGAUUUCCACUGUCGGGAGCCAAGAGCCUCGGACCCAAUCACUUUCACCACGAGGGACUCUCAUCUCGCUGCGGCGACGAUAAGUGCAAGGCGACUUCACGGCGCCGUGGUCACCUUCACCAGCCCAGAGUCCCACUUGAUCCUGCCGCCGUGGAAGGCCGCCGACUCCGAGAGCAUAUCCUUCAAAAUACGUACCAACGAGCCCAACGGAUUGAUCAUGUACAGCCGCAGCGGGGCGCACAGCAGGCAAGAUCUGUUCGCGUUCGAAAUUUUUCGCGGUCACCUGUAUCUUCACGUCGAUCUUGGAAGCGGUCCAGUGAGAGUGAAAUCCUCGAAGAACCGAGUCGAUGAUGCCACCUGGCACGACGUGGCGUUUAGGCGAGCCGGAAGAGACGGACGCGUCACUGUUGACGGCAGGACGGACGAAUUUCGCACACCGGGCGAUUCCACGCAAUUAGAGUUGGAUGGAUUAUUGUAUAUCGGUGGCGUGGGAGAUCCGUUUGCACCGCUAACAGUACCUCCGGUACUGUGGACAGGUACCCUAAGGCAGGGUUACGUCGGCUGCUUGAGAGAUCUUGUCAUAAACGGUCAACCAAUCGAUAUAGCUGGUUACGCACAGCAACAGGACUCGGGCGCUGUCAGACCAGCUUGUCAUUCCCAACAACCCCACUGUCCUUCACAACCUUGCAUGCACGGUGGCCAUUGUCUCGAGGGGUGGAACAGGUUUCACUGCGAUUGUACAGGAACACCCUUCACCGGUCCUACAUGCGGAAAAGAUGCGUCGACGUUGCACCUGAAUGGAACGCAACAGAUGACAGCCUUGAUGCCGGAGGAUUCGAGGACACAAGCCGAGGAAGUGAUAGUGCGUUUUAAAACGACGAGACCACGUGGACUUCUCAUAUCGACCGGUCUUGAAAAUAAUCCGGAUCGACUCCAAAUCUAUCUCGAAGAAGGCAAAGCGAAAAUGCUGAUCCACGUGGGAGAUAGAGAAAAGGUGCUGGUGGCCGGACAAGGUUUGAACGAUGACAUGUGGCACACGUUGCGAUUUUCCAGGAGAUCGAGUGCUAUGAAGUUUCAAAUUGAUAACGAGCCUGCUGUACGAACCGAAGCACAGCUGGGGAAACAAGGCAUUCUGGAAUUCCGUAUGCUGUACGUGGGCGGUUACUCUCACGCCGGAGAGGAAAUACCUCACUUCGUCGGGCAAUUGCAGCAAAUCUGGUUCAACGGGUAUCCUUACCUGGAAAUAGCGAGGAGUUCCGGAAAUCAUCAGACUGCUCAUCAAGGCGUCACGCCCAUCAUUAAGGUCACGGGGAAGUUCGGCAAGAGGAACCAUCCCGUUCACUUUCCGGUGACCUUCACCUCGAAGCACACGUUCGUUGGAUUACCUGUGCUCAAAGCGUACGUGGAAACGAACAUAUACUUCCAGUUCAAGACACGCGAGGCAAACGGCUUGAUACUCUUCAACGCUGGAAGGGAACGCGACUUCAUCGCCGUGGAGUUGGUGAAGGGACACGUUCACUAUGUGUUCGACCUAGGUGAUGGACCAGUCAAGGUCAGGGACAGCUCGAGGUCGAGCCUGAACGAUGGGAAGUGGCACGCUGUCAGCAUCGGUAGGCCAGCGCCUAAGAGGCACACGCUCGCCAUCGAUGACCAUGUCACCGCUGUCAGUAGCCAGGGCAGCAACGAAAACCUCGAUCUUGACGGGAUCUUAUAUAUCGGUGGCGUGGAAAAAUCGCAGUAUGGUCAACUACCGAAGCAGAUACUUAGUAAACACGGUUUCGAAGGGUGUCUCGCGUCGUUGGAUCUCAGUGGCGAGAGCACCAACCUGAUCUCCGAUGCGGUGGUCCCAAGUUCCCUGGUGGAACCCGGCUGCGACAUGUACGCCAGCCUUCACGCUGGAAAAAAGUGCACCCACGACCUGUGCUCGAAUCAUGGCACCUGUGUGCAACAAUGGGACAGUUACACGUGCGACUGCGACAUGACCAGUUUCACCGGGCCGACGUGUAACGAUGAGGCUGUGUCUUACGAAUUUGGGGCGGGAAGAGGAAUUAUCACGUACACUUUCCCUCCCGACCGAAGGCCGGAAAUGAAGAGAGACACGGUUGCCUUGGGCUUCGUCACUAGCGUAAACGACGCCGUGCUGCUCAGGAUGGAAUCCGCCGACAGCGACGACUACCUCGAAAUUGAAAUUGUGGAAGGCAACGUUUUCGUUGUUUACAACAUGGGCACGAAUGACCACCCGAUCGGCGAGGUUGGCGUGAAAGUGAACGACAACCAGUAUCACAUCGUGAGGUUCAACAGGACUGGAGCGAACGGCACGCUGCAAGUAGACGAUUACAAUCUGCAGUCCAAUCAUCCGACCGCAGGUCGCCAGCUGACAGUGUUCAACAGCCAGUCGACGAUUCAAGUCGGUGGUCGAUGGAACAGCGACAAAGCGAGGGUGGAGAGGCCAUUUUUGGGAGUGAUAGCAGGCCUGGUUGUGAACGGUGCAAGGAUUUUGGAGUUCGCCGCCUCGAAGGAUGCAAGGGUUACCACCAAAGGGGAUGUUCAAUUGUUACCAGCUGGGAGCUUGUUGGAUCGCGCCGCUCCUCUGCAAAGAAUGCAACAGACACCAGCGUCCGGUUUUCCAGGCAUCGCGGAUGACUUAAUAUUCUCUGGCGCCGGAAGUGGUUGCACCGCCGAUGACGAGGACGAAGAAUGCACACCGAUCUACAGCCCUGAUUCCGACGACAUAAUAACGCCCGUGUACGUCGCGCCAACGAGGUCGCCGACGACGCUGAGGCCGAAGCACCACAAGGAGAAGAUCCAGGAGCGUCCUUCCUGCGACGACGAGGAGGACUGCGGGGAAGGCUCCGGCGAGCCGGUCACCACCGAGGAGAUCCUCGUCACGUCUGCCACCGAUUCCAGCUCGGUGACGUACACGACAGCCCGCGAGUACACGAGCAGCCACAUCAGCACGCAAACGUCUCCAGGCUCGCCGUCGACAUCGACCCGGGACACCGUCACCGUAUCCGGCCAGUACAAUGUGUCGACCACAGACCUCGAGACCAGCGACGCCAGUAGCAUCGUGACGCAAAGGUCGACGACCGUGACGACCCAGACCACCACCACAGAGAUGACGGACCCACCUCCGCCCCCACUGCCCCCGAUACACACGCCGGUCCCGGCAACCCCGAAGAACCCCAACAAGAACAGGGGAACCGAGGCAGCGGCGGACGGCGCCGCCUUGAUAAUCAUCAUCAUAGCCGCGGCGUUGAUCGCGAUCAUCCUCAUCAUCCUGAUCAUCCUCAAGUUCAAGAAUCGUCCCGAGACGAGUUACAAGGUCGACGAGACGAAGACCUUCUGCCAGGAUCCGAACGCGGCGCUUCUAGGCGCCACGGGUUCCGGUCAGCCGUUCAACGGCGCCCUGAAAAACGGCGCGAACGGCAGCAAAACCAACAAGAAACGGGAACUGGUGGACAUCAAAGAGUGGUACGUGUAGAGGUCCGUCUUCAGGAUCGCUAUCUACCAUACGCUUAAACUCUGCACACACGUGCUCGGAAUACUACUCUCUCUGGCGGCCAGGUGGCCGGAGUCGGACUCGAGAGAGACGGCCGAGCCUCGUUUUAGAUUCUUCGUUUGUUGGUGCUAAACCGGGGGUGGCAUCAGUUUAUUCGGUUCUAUCGACGGAUGUAAGAACGGGUGUUCCUUGCGUGUGAACGACUCAAGGUCGUAGACAGUGAUCGAGACGCGGUUCCCUCUCGAUGGGCCACGAACUGUGCGAAAGUCGAGGUCGGUGAGCGUCGUUCGAUAAGGAUUCUCCGAUCAUCCCCUUCGCUCCUCGAACCUUCGAAAGGUUCUUCCGGGUCUCUGGAGGACGUUUCUGGUGUACCUCGAGGGGACGACGAUGGAACCCGAUCGACGUCGACGAGCCGCGAGCUGCGGUUGAAGAACAACGAGACGCGACGUAGGAACGAGCGUUUCAGGUCGAUGUUCUAGACGUCGUCGCGCGACCGGAAACAGACGGAGCCAAGACUGAUCGCGCGAAACGAUACCAAAAGAGGCGAAUGAGAUGCAGAAACGAGCUGGAGCGUCGAGGGUGCGCUGAACGAUCGAACGAUUAUCGCGAACUGCGACCUCGGGACUCUGAGAGACGCGAGGUAAAUCGCCGGCGAAGGUAAAGCAUCGCGUUUAUCAAUUCUUAAAUUCGUGUUAUCACUUGGUUGGUGGAACAAAUUCGGAAUUAUCAACCGUUAAAUAGGUUUUCCAUGACUGCGAUUUCGUAACUGCUGUACGCUGCCAGCAACAUGCGUCUUCCUUGGGGUGUUCAGGCCCUCGAGGUCCUAGUCUGUAGAUGGAAAAUAAUCGAUUGGGUCGGUUUUUAUACUUUGUUAAGGUCUCGAGUUUGUAGCACUGCUGACGGGUAGCAAUGUUGCAUGACUUUGAACCGAAGACUGUAUACUCUUGUAUUGUAGGAUGAACUCCGAGGGGUCUGGCUAGUUUGGGGGUAAAAAUAUGAAUUUUUUUUAUACAUUUUGUAAAAGAUUUUUAACCUUGGGAAUGCAUUAUGCCCGAAGGUUGGUGCGAUUGGAAAUAUUGGCAGGGUUUUGGGACUUUUAUUUGAAGGCUAUAUACAAUAUAUAUAUAUAUUGGAACAUUGUAUGAGAGAUUGCAAGGGCUUUGAUUGGUUUCAAGGUAAAUAUGUCAAUUUUUGUAUGCAUUUUCUGAAAGAAUUAGGCCUUGAAAACGUCUUAGUGAAAAGAAUACGAUGACGUUUAAAAAGUUAGUGUAAUGGGACUUUGAACUGAAAACAAUGUACGCGAUUUUUAUAGGACGAACUUUAAGGAGUCCGACUGGUUUGGAGGUAAACAAUCAAUUUUUUCACACGUUGAAAGUUUCAACCGUUCAGACCUUAAAAGCAUUACAGGUGAACGGAUUACGAUAAGGACGCACAU